GGGGCGGGGCGGUUGCACGCAUUGCCGGUUGUUCGCCUCGGGGCGCGAGCGGUGGCGGCACAGGCUGGUCAUCCAGUAUCCCAGAAUCCCUGCCAGGGUAAAGGAGACUGAAGGAGGACUAGCCCAAGCCAGGGUAAAGGGUACUGAGGGAGGACUAGCCCAAGCCAGGGUAAAGGGGACUGAGGGAGGACUAGCCCAAGCCAGGGUAAAGGGGACUGAGGGAGGACUCGCUCAGGCCAGGGUAAAGGAGACUGAGGGAGGACUCGCCCAGGUCAGGGUAAAGGGGACUGAGGGAGGACUCGCCCAGGCCAGGGUAAAGGGGACUGAGGGAGGACUCGCCCAGGCCAGGGUAAAGGGGACUGAGGGAGGACUCGCCCAGGCCAGGGUAAAGGGGACUGAGGGAGGACUUGCCCAGGCCAGGGUAAAGGGGACUGAGGGAGGACUAGCCCAGCCCAGGCCAAGGUAAAGGGGACUGAGGGAGGCCAGGGCAAGGGGACUGAAUCAGUAAGCGAGGACCAGGCCAGGCUAAAAGAGAGGUAGCCUUCGUCAAACCAGAGUGAGGGAAGGGUGUCCUGCAACAGUACAUAUUGAGAAGGUGGGCAAGGUACAGUGAAAACACCCAGGCUGAAGGGCAGCGUAGGCUGACGAAGCAAUAGAGAAGAGUAGGCCAAAGUCAGGGAAGGAGGGGCAGGGAUUGAGGAGUCUGUGGCAGGCCAGAGUGAAUGAAGGAGGACAGAUAGAGCAGAACAUUUUGUAUGAGGGAUAACUCAAGGCAGAGUGAGUUUGAAUAGUGAGGAUCAGGAUGGUAGACUGAGCCAGGAUAGCUAAUAUACACAGGUUCAAACUGGGCUGAACGAAGACAGCAGAGAGCCUUGUUUGCAAAAAAUCAAUCGAGAGACCACGCGGACUAAGGAGUCCUGUGAUCCUCACCCUGUCCUGUAUAUGUGAGGGGGAUUGGUAUGGAGAAUGUUGUGAAGAAAUCUCUUGAAACUACUCCCAAUCAGGAUGUGAGAGGGAGGCGACACAUAAUUAAUUCCCUCAUCUCAGGGGCGAUCGCUGGAGCUGUUGCAAAGACAACAGUGGCACCACUGGAUAGAGCCAAAAUAAUAUUUCAAGUAUCUUCAAGAGGGUUCUCAGCCAAGGAAGUUGUGAAGCUGAUUUACCAAACCUAUCAGAAGGAAGGCUUCUUCAGCCUCUGGCGGGGUAACUCUGCCACCAUGGUCCGAGUUGUCCCUUACGCUGCACUUCAGUUCUGCUCUCAUGAACAGUACAAACAGAUUCUGGGAUCCUACUGCGGGACCCAUGGAAGGCCUUUACCACCCCUCCCACGGCUGCUGGCCGGCUCAAUGGCCGGUAUUACAGCCACCACGUUGACUUACCCACUAGACCUGGUGCGAGCACGAAUGGCUGUAACUCAAAAGGAAAUGUAUGGUAAUAUUUUACACGUCUUCAUCCGGAUAUCGCGAGAUGAAGGACUCAAGACCUUGUACAGUGGAUUCACGCCUACCAUCCUUGGGGUAAUUCCUUACGCUGGGCUCAGCUUCUUCACUUACGAAACGUGCAAGAAAUUACAUGCAGAGUACACUGAGAGAGCCUAUCCGUACCCCCAUGAGCGGCUACUUUUCGGAGCAUGUGCUGGCCUGAUUGGCCAGUCAGCCUCCUACCCGCUGGAUGUGGUGCGGCGGCGGAUGCAGACAGCGGGGGUGCAAUGCCGCAAGUACACCGGCAUUGUUGAGACGAUGCGCCAGAUUGUGGCAGAAGAGGGUUCUAUCAGUGGCCUGUACAAGGGCCUCAGCAUGAACUGGUUAAAGGGCCCCAUUGCCGUGGGGACCAGUUUCACCACCUUCGACCUCAUGCAGAUUCUGCUCCGCAAAAUUCAGGACCAUGGUACCUUGCAAAGGUAGUAAUUACAAGGACGGACAAUCUGGAACCUGAGAUUGAAUGAAGAAAGAUGUGUCACACUUAAUAAGUGUCCAGGAUGGGAAUUGACAAUUGCUGGACAAGUAUUUACAAACUGGAGCAACAGUGUGCGAGGCAGUGGAGUUAAUUGUGCCAUAAUGGUAGUUGAAACACUGCAUCCUGAAUCUCCCACCCUGACACUGUUGAAAUAGCCUAAUUUAAUAUUGAUUUUUGUUGAGGCCUCUUUAAGUUGUCUGCUUUUCAAGAUAAAGUUGUAAUGGGUUUACACAGCACAGGAAUACUGUGUAUCCUGCACGGCUUCCAUGCAACAUAUAUGCGAAUAAUGUUCCCAUUCAGUAAAGAGAGGCUGUGACUGACUGCAUGCUGGAAGGUCCCAGGUCUGGUUUCUGCCAUUGGUCUCAGCAUUAGGGAAGUUUGUGGGCACUGGAUGGGAAGCAGGUAGGAUUCCUGAUUGCUGUCCAGCACUGUGGAUAUACCAAGGGAGAGCAGGUGCAGAUUUGGGUGGGCUGCACUUUUCCCUGCACGGACACCCCCCCCCCCCCCCCCCCCCCCCCCCCCCCAGCCCCAACCUUGGUGAAGAUAGCCUGCAGAAACAGCUGUGCUGCCUCGCCCUUGAGAGAGCCGCCCUAUGAGCUGUAUUGCAGUUGGAGCCGACUCCUUCAAGAAGUGCUUACAAAAAAAGCUUUGGGCACGCAUUCACAAUCCGCGAUCUAAAAUGACAAAAGAUGCUGGGUUGGAAGUCUACAACUGCACCUUGUCAAACUUUUUAAGUAAUUUAUUUUAGUUUUAAAAAUAUUUACAAAGCCCCUACACCCCCAAACUAGACAAGCUGACGUUUCCUUGAUAGUUGGAACAUUACAUACGAGGCUUUAACCCAUUGUUGUUUGGAUCAAUGAAGUCCAAACUAGCAGCUGUUCCUCUUUUAUCCCUUUUGCAAAGGGCUCUCACUUUUUUGGGACAAGAGAACUUGGGAAUCCUAGCAGUUUACUGUUGCCAAGUGUUCAGUUUUCUCAUCUGAAAGGUUUCUGAUAUCCCACUAAUAACUUAUUAAAAUUAUCUGUUUAUGAAGGGGCUAUUGACAAGUGAUUUGAAUGUUGCCAAACACAGAAGCUCCUUAUCUCCACCUGGUGCUCUCUUUAGCUCUAAUGUAUCUCUUGAGGAGGUGACAUUCCUUUAAGGAAUGUACAUCAUCUCUUCCCUAACCCUGUGUGGUACCUGUCCUGGGAGUGUUUGAUGGGGACAGUGUAGAAUGAGCUUUACUCUGUAUCUAACCCCGUGCUGUACCUGUCCUGGGAGUGUUUGAUGGGGAUAGUGUAGAGGGAGCUUUACUUCGUAUCUAACCCCACGCUGUACCUGUCCUGGGAGUGUUUGAUGGGGACAGUGUAGAGUGAGCUUUACUUCGUAUCUAACUUAUGCAUCUUAGCUGGAACUGCUCGAUCUGUCAUUAGAUGCCUGAAAUGGGUUUUGUUCCAUUUUCCUGCAGUAUUCCUUGAUGAGCACAAAAAUUUAAAGCCAAAUUGAAGGAGUGCUUCUAGUUUGUGAAAACAAGAAUGCGGUGCAAAUGGGGAAUGGCACUUAUUGGACUAUGUCCCAGUCAGAUCGUGAAAGGAUAUAAAUCCAGAAUGGAUGUUUAAAGAAAAAAAACAGAAAGGAGAUAAUUGAUCUUGUUUCCUAUAACACAUUCCCACUUUCCUGCUUUAAAAUUCCAAUGGUAAAGGAGCCGUCACAAUGAAAUCUGUAGAGAAAAAAAAUCUCCAGAGGUUCUCAUGGGAGAUGAAGUGUUGGAGCGAAUUAACACUCUCCCGUGUCCCUUACUCAGCCCAUCCAAAAUGUCUGUCUGCUAUUUCAGCCCACCCAAAAAGUCUCUCUUUUCCCAUACCUCAGCCUACCCAAAGUAUUUCUCUAGCCCAGCUUAUUCUGUCUUGUUUUCACAAAACAAUGAUUAUCUUGUAUGAUAUUUGCAAUUCGACAUUUUUUUCCCAUAGCAUUGUCCAGCUAUUUCAGGUCACCAAACACAGUAGGGAAUGGACCUCCACCACCGGGGUGGUGGUGGUGGUGGGGGGUUGCUUUGUGCCUCCUGUCGGUGAGGACUUUGUUGGGGUCUGGCCUGUUACCUAAAGUUGCAGCACUGGUUGCUGUGUAACUGCAACAGUAACUGCCAUGAGACCUGGUGUGGACGUGCACAGUGUAUAUGGGGAGAGAGGGGACCAGUCAUGUUGCUUCAUUGCUGGAUUCCAAUCUGCAUCAAGAUCCAAUGUGGCCCUGGGAUUUGCCUUUUAUCACAAGUGACUUUGAUUCAAAGAUGUUGAACUGCAGUCAGUUAUUUGAGUUGAUGAAAAAUAAAAUUAUUUGAGUUUAAAAAA